AUGUACCUUCCGAGCACUUCCGUGGCAGCGGCCCGCUGAGCUGGCCGAUUGGGAACCGCGCGAGCAGCUCGAGAUGACGGCGGGCGGAUGGCUUGCGGUGUUUGGAUUGGCUCUCUUGUCUGUCGGCCUCCCGUCGGACGCUUGGGACGCAGACCUGGAGCUUCUGGACCUGGUCGAGGAGAUCCCGGACACCUUUUACCGUUUCCUGUCUCUGGAGCAGGAUGCGUCGCCAUCAGAAAUCAAAAGGGCGUAUCGCCGCCUGUCGCUUGUUUUGCAUCCUGACAAGAACAAAGAUGAAAACGCCGAGACGCAAUUCCGACAGUUGGUAUCCAUUUACGAAGUCCUGAAGGACGACGAGAGACGACGCAGGUAUGACGACAUCCUGGUGAACGGACUUCCCGAUUGGCGGCAGCCCGUCUUCUACUACCGGCGCGUGAGGAAGAUGAGCAACAGCGAGUUGGCCUUCCUGCUCUUCGUCAUCGUCACGAUCGGCCACUACGCCGUCAUCUGGUCCAUCUACCUGGAGAAACAGUUGGAUGAAAUGCUGGCUAAAAAGAAGAGAGAGAAGAAGAAAAAGAGCAACGCCAAAGAAGAAGUCAAGUACGGCGGGGUGGACCGUGCUGACAGGGCUCAGGAGCGCCCCCACUGGCAAGACAUUCUUCCUUUGAAAGUCAGCAUGUGGAUCUACCUGUCCAUCAAACACAUGCCCCAAACCCUGCAGGAGGUGCAGCAGCACUACGAGGAUUACCAGCAGAUGAAGAAGCAGCAGAGGGAAGAACAAGAAGAGGAAAAAAAAGCUCAACAGGAAGUUGUGACCAGAGAGAAGAGGCCAAAGGUGAAGAAGCCAAAGAUCGACUUCCCCAUCUACGAGCCGUCGGCAGAGGAGCCAAACUUGCAAAGUUACCAGCAGACGGGAUCCAUCCAGGAAGUUGAAGAGCAGCUCGACCAAUGGUUGCAGGACCAGAAGCCCGCCAGGAAGAAGGCGUCAGAGUGGAGCGAGGACGACGUCAGCCUCCUCAGCAGACUGAUGGGAAAAUUCCCGGGAGGAACGCCGGGUCGUUGGGAGAAGAUCGCCCACGAGCUCGGCAGAUCCGUGACGGAUGUGACCGCCAAAGUCAAACAAGCCAAAGACCGCGCCCACCUCAGCACAGGUCUGGUGAAGCUUUCCGAGUUGAAGGGGCCUUCUCUUCCUGCGAGGUCACUUCCUGUUUGUGACAGUGUAGUGACGCGUGGAGCGGGCGUGGCCUGUGAGGAGCAGGACGAAGAAGCGGUCAAGCGGGGGAACAGGAAGUGUGCGGUCGCGGCCGACGAGGGGGGGGGGGGACGUCUCAGGUCCCGGCGGCAGAAAGACUUCAACCCUGACGAGGUCGAUGAGGAGGAGGCGGCGGCGGUGCAGGAGAACAAGAACAAGGCGGAGGUGGCAGUGUGGACUCAGAACCAGCAGAAGCUUCUGGAACUGGCUCUGCAGCAGUUCCCCAGAGGAAGUGGCGAGCGCUGGGAUCGCAUCGCCAAAGUCGUUCCUGGGAAAAGCAAGGAGGACUGCAUGAUUCGUUACAAAAUGUUGGCAGAACUGGUCCAAAAAAGGAAACAAGCCAACAGCUGAUGAAGCCCGAUGACGCUGCCUCCGAGGUUGACCUUUGAUCCUUGAACACGGUCAUGUGUUUUCAUGUUACAACAGGAUGGACAUGACCUCUGACCUCAUUGCUUCAUGUGCCUUAGCCCCUCUCAGCAUGCUACCCGUCAAUCACUUUUUUGACUGAUAAAUAAAAAUAUUUAUUAUCCAAUCAAAAUUGA